UCGCGUUUCUCUAUAAGGGAUCUUUACUACUUCCCUGCCUAUGCGGCCGGAGCGCUGUGCCUCUCCCCAGCAGAGACAACCGCCUUCCAGGCACUGCUCAGAUUGCUUCCGACACCCUUAAAAUAAUACUGUUAGUAAUAAGUGGAUUUGCUUUUGGGUUUUGUUGAUUUUUUUUUUCCUUAAAAAAAAGCUCCUUGUUCCCUUCUGUGUGGAAUAAACACCUGCAAACUCCCCCAUGCAGCCCGGCGCCCCUGCCAUGGAUUCCUUUAAAGGUGGAAUGAAUUUGGAGAGACUGCCUGAGAGCUUGAGACCCCAACCCUCCCAUGACAUGGCUUCCAGCUUCCAUUUGCAAAGAUCCUCGGAACCCAGAGACCCGAUCGACAACUCAGCCAGUGAAUCCUCCGACACGGAGGUGCCAGAAAAAGAGCGUAGCGGCGAGCAGAAAAACGAGGACGGGGCCGCUGACGACCCGGCGAAGAAGAAGAAGCAGCGGCGGCAGCGGACCCACUUCACCAGCCAGCAGCUGCAGGAGCUGGAGGCCACCUUCCAGCGGAACCGCUACCCUGACAUGAGUAUGCGGGAGGAGAUCGCCGUCUGGACCAACCUCACCGAGCCCCGAGUCCGGGUUUGGUUCAAGAACCGCCGAGCCAAGUGGAGAAAGCGGGAACGGAACCAGCAGAUGGACCUGUGCAAGAACGGCUACGUGCCCCAGUUCAGCGGGCUGAUGCAGCCCUACGACGACAUGUACGCCGGCUACCCCUACAACAACUGGGCCACCAAAAGCCUCACCCCGGCUCCGCUCUCCACCAAGAGCUUCACCUUCUUCAACUCCAUGAGCCCCCUGUCCUCGCAGUCCAUGUUCUCGGCGCCCAGCAGCAUCCCCUCCAUGAACAUGCCCUCCAGUAUGGGCCACUCGGGCGUGCCGGGCAUGGCCAACUCCGGCCUCAACAACAUCAACAACAUCAGCGGCUCCUCGCUCAACUCGGCCAUGUCCUCGCCGGCCUGUCCCUACGGGCCACCGGGCUCGCCCUACAGCGUCUACCGGGACACUUGCAACUCCAGCUUAGCCAGCCUCAGACUGAAAUCAAAGCAGCACUCCAGUUUCGGCUACAGCAGUUUGCAAAGCCCCGGCUCUAGUUUAAACGCCUGUCAGUACAACAGUUGACGGACUUGACACAAACCACCUCCGACAAAGCACCGCCGACAAAGCAAAGCAGAAGUAAAGCGACAUUUAACGGAAAAGAAAAAAAAAAUUAAACCCGG